GUCGUCACUUCCCGAAGAGUCCGCGGCUCAGUCUCGUGGUGCAGGCGAGCUUCGAUGGCGAGCAGCUGGCCACAGACCCGACGGAGCACCGAGAGCAGCCGCUCUUCAGCACCGAGCUGGCCUGGGAGCUGGACCGCCGGACGCUGCACCAACACAGGCUGCAGCGGACUCCCAUCAAGCUUCAGUGUUUGGCCGUCGACUCUGCGAGUAAGAGGAGCGAGAGCGUCGGCUACAUCGUCCUCGACCUGCGGUCCGUGCAGGAGGUCAGACAGGAGCCGCGCUGGUUUCCGCUGCUGAGCAGCAAAUACACCAAACAGAGGCCGGCGCUCCUCCUCGCCAUGGCGCUGGAGAACGACACCAAGCCCUCCGAGCCCUCGCCUGAUAGGUUCAAAGCCAAGAAAGCCCCGCCCCGACAAGGUUCUCCUGCAGUCAGCGACCUGCUGCAGGACAGACUGGAGGCCACGCUGGUCCCGGAGCAGGGCUACCAUCAGGUGGGACCCGCAGAUCUCUGCUGCGACGUGUUCGUCCUGUCCGUCACCGUGGCCUUUGCUACCAAACUAGAACAGUUGAUCCCCAGCACCAUGAAACUGUCCUCGGAGGGGUCGGAGUUCUUCUUCUACUACUCUUUACUGGGGAACGACAUCACCAGCGAGCAUUUCCACAGCCUGCUGAGCCCCGACUUCGAGCCGGAGCGCGCCUCUGUGCGCAUCCGCAGCAGCAAACAGAUCCUGCAGAGCUUCCUGUCCCAGCAGCCCAGUUUACAGAUCCACCUGUGCUGUGGGAAUCGCUCUUUAGGCAGCACGGACGUCGCUCUCUCCGCUCUGGCCGCUCUGUCUGCGGAUCUGGAGAACAAGGCGGCGACGGUGGAGGGAGCGUUCGUACUCCAGCCUCCGAAACGCACCAAACAGGCGGCGCCGGCUCUGCCCGCAGACCUGCAGCCGACUGUGGGCGUGGCCGUGACCCUGAGGAGGGAGGAGGUCGCACCGCAGUCUUUAGGGACUAAAGAAGCAGCUGGGACACUCUUCAGCCCUCCUCCUGCUGUCCAGAGAACUCAGAGCUCCUCUCCACUCCGAAAACCCCCGGACUCCUCUCCUCCUGGUCCUCCUGGUCCUCCUGGUCCUCCUGGUCCUCCUGGUCCUCCCGGUCCUCCUGGUCCUCCUCCCUCGUCCUCUCAUACGGAGAGUGAAGUGGAAAGUCUUCUGGAGGAGCUUCAGCGCGGCAGAGCGCAGGCGGAGCUGGCAGCUGCAGAUUCGGAGCUUCCUGAGCCGCCGCAGAGUCCCGCCGAAGCCGCAGCAGAAGCUGCAGCGUCGUCGGUCAGCGUCUCCGCUCCCAAAGUGUCCAUCCCGUCCUCCGCCCACCACUACUGCUUCUCUCUGGACCUCCGCAGCCUCGGGAACCUCGGCCUGACGCACCCCAUCGCCGCCACGCUCAGGUAUUCGUAUCCGUUUUUCGGCAGCGCGGCUCCCAUCAUGACCAACCCUCCCGUGGAGCUGCAGAGGAACACGGAGGCGUCUCUGCCUCAGUCCUACUGCGCCUUCGACUUCGCCGCUCUGCCGCAGCAGCUGCGGGACACUUUCCUCAG